UCGAGCACAAAGUCCUGGCGAGGGAGCGGGUGUGUGUGUGUGGGGGGAGGCAGCCCAGGGAGUCCCGGGAAUCUUCGGCUCGCGUCAUCGCUGCUCCCUCCCCCUUCCGGAGCCCCCUUCCCUUUCGCCAGGCGGUGGGGAGCGCUAGGACCCCUCUGUUGCCGCUUACCUACCCGUGGACGGCAAGCGGAGGCGGGAUAGACUGCAGCGUAGUCGGCUCCCUGAAAUAAAUACCUGAAGAGAGGGAAAGGCAGCUGGCAGGCGGGCCACGAGGCUGGAGUGGAGAAGGAGCCGGCUCGGCGCCUGCGGAUCAGCGCUUCCCCGUUCCGCUCGGCUUGGCGAUGGAUACCUGUUGAAAUAGUUCUUGGCCUGGAAAUCAUCAGUAUCAAGGAAGAACAAUCCACUUGAGAGUCACAAAUGGAGAAUCAAUCUUGGGACUUCUUUGCAGCCCUCAUGGGCAAUAUCAGCACCAAUCAGACUCUCCUCAACAAGAUGCCACAGUUGCCCCUGGAGGUGCAGGUGGUCACUAUCUUGCUGGUUCUUCUGAUCUGUGGCAUAGGCAUUGCAGGCAACAUUAUGGUAGUCCUGGUGGUCCUUCGCACCAAGCACAUGGUAACUCCCACCAACUGCUACCUGGUGAGCUUGGCUAUAGCCGACUUGAUUGUGCUACUGGCAGCAGGGCUACCCAACAUCUCUGAGGUGGUGGCCUCCUGGGUGUAUGGCUAUGCGGGUUGCCUCUGCAUUACUUACCUGCAGUAUUUGGGCAUCAACAUCUCAGCAUGCUCCAUCACAGCCUUCACAGUGGAGCGCUACAUUGCCAUCUGCCACUCCAUUAAGGCACAGCUGCUUUGCACCGUAGCCCGGGCCAAACGCAUAAUCGCUGUCCUAUGGCUCUGCACUUCGCUCUAUUGUCUCAUGUGGUUCUUUUUAGUGGACACCUCGAAAGCCAUGUUUGCUGAUGGCACUCAAGUCAGCUGUGGCUACCGUGUCUCCAGGAACCUCUAUAUGCCCAUCUACUUCUUAGACUUCACCAUAUUCUAUGUCAUCCCCCUGGGCUUGGCCACUGUUCUGUAUGGUCUCAUUGCCCGCAUCCUCUUCAUGAAUCCACUGCCUGCAACACCGCAGCAUGCAAGCCGGCUGAGCAAACGCAGCAACUCCAUCACUACCUCCAGCUCCAUGAGCCGGGGAAACAAGGGUGCUUUGAGCUCCAGGAAACAGGUGACCAAGAUGCUGGCUGUGGUGGUGAUCCUCUUUGCCCUUCUCUGGAUGCCAUACCGAACCUUAGUGGUGGUCAACUCUUUCAUGGACCCUCCCUACCUGAACAGCUGGUUUGUCCUCUUCUGUAGACUCUGCAUUUAUCUGAAUAGUGCUAUCAAUCCAGUCAUUUAUAACUUGAUGUCCCAAAAAUUUAGAGCUGCCUUCAGAAAGUUAUGCAAAUGCGAGCAGAAGAGAACUGAAAUUGCCACACAGUUUAACACCCCUGUCUUCUACAGCACCAUGAAAGAUUAUUCUCAUGACACUUCUGAGCACAAUGUAACAGAACACGAAGAUCUCAAUGGCUGCCCUCCAAUAGCCAGGAAAAAGUAAUAUUUCCAAAUAAACAUGGCACAUAAUCACCGACUUUGGUUGAAGAAACACCCAUGUGGAUUGUUUUAGGAAUAUCUGAUCAGCAUGCUAAAGAUCUAUUACUCUCUUUUCUGCAUUGGGAUGUAACAUUUUCAUAUAAAGUUAUCUAAAUUGCUGCACCUGAAUGCUAACGUCAAAUAUUAGUUGUGACCAAAAUUUGUUGUGGUACAAUGAAGUCUCUCACUUUUUUGAACAUUCCUCUCUAACAAUAGCAAUCACUGGCUACACUCUGUCCUUUGUAUUCCCACCAGCUCAAACUUGCUGUUGUCUAUGCUUUUGGAAGAAGAGGAUCUGGAAUGAGAAGCUCCUGUAUUUGAAACUUUUCUCCUGGAUCAGGAAGAGGCAUUUAUGGGAUGAAAAGCUAGGCAGAAGAGACCUCUCUAUCUUUCUUUGGAGCCUGACGUAAAUAAUUGGAUUAGAUUGGACCUAUGGUCUUCAAAUGUCCCGUGUCUGUUCUAAAUUCUGGUUGAAAUAGGGAAAUGUCUCACUGAUGAAAGUGGUAGAUAUUCUUGCAGAAGAA